AUGAAUUUAUUGAACGUCGCUAAAUAUCUUCUCUAUUUGGCUCAAACUGAAUAUAGAUCUGAAAAUUCUGUGACAACUAUCGAUGAAAUUUUUGUUUCCGGGCAAUUAUUUGAAGUUUUGAAGUCAUUUAAAGACAGCUACUUUAGUGAGCUGUAUACUUAUGAUACCUUCAACUUCGAUGACGAAUAUGAUGAACUAACUGAUGAUGAAGAAAGCGAUGGCGAACCUGAAGAAAUAACUGAUGAAGAAGAAAAUGAUAACGAAACUGAAGGUUAUGAUGAAAAUGACCAUUCUGAUAUAAGAAAUCAUUUUACCACAGACGAAAUGGAAAAGAUAAUUGAAUGGGUUGAUCAACAUCCAAAUGCUAGAUUUGCAACUAUUUCCCAUCGAUUUGAAAAAAUCAAAUCCAUGAAAAAGAUAUAUGUAAGAGUAAGAAGAGACAGAAUUCAUAAAGAUCUCGAUAUCAAUCCAGAUGAAAUAUUGAAAUUAUAUACACAAAUGCAUCAUCGUCGUCUUGAUUUUGGUGUUUAA